UUAUUUUUGAUAAGAGAUUUCGGUCAUUAUUUUGUACGCAAACUUUACAUGAUGGGUAAAAGCUCAAGCAAUCCCAGGAAUUCUGAAAUUCGCUGCCGACGAAGCUAGUGCGGUGCGGGGUCCAAGGGGGAAUUCCGAUCAUCUCUCGAAUAGAGUUUGAGGGGCUCAUAUAUUACGACAGAUUUCAAGCCAAUCUCAUUCGACAUUCAAUCCUGUCAAUUGAGAGAAGAUGAAGGCCUACCAAUUUGAAGAUGCAUCAACCGGCCUCCAGCUCCGUGACAUUCCAGUCCCAAAAGCAAAAGCGGGUGAAGUCCUACUCCGCGUCGAAGCAGCUGGACUAUGCCACACAGACUGUCAUAUCAUCGGUGGUCAUGUCGAUGACUGGAUUCGAAAACGUCCAAUUACUCUCGGACAUGAAGUUGCAGGAGUCAUCACCGAACUUGGAUCCGCUUCCGAGUUCAAAGUUGGAGACAGAGUAGCAGUCAGCCUUCCAGGUCACUCAACAGAAGAACCAGAUUGGAAGAAUGCCGUGGGGAUGGGAUUUGAUGGCGGCUAUGCAGAAUUCAUGACCGUAUCGACAAAAUACGUCGUCCCAAUUCCAGCAAACGUGAGCUUCGAGCAAGCAGCCGUGGCAGGAGAUUCAAUCUUGACAGCUUACCACGCCGUAGUCCACGAGGCAGAAGUAGAUUCCACAAAGACGGUGGCUGUCAUUGGACUAGGCGGUGUUGGAAUAAAUGGUGUCCGCAUAGCUGCUCUUCAAGGCGCAAUUGUAUACGGCAUCGACAUCGAUGAAGGGAAGUUUGAGGGAGCCAUGAAGCAAGGCGCGAAAGCUUGUUUCAAAAAUUUCGAGCAGGCUUCAGACAUCAGAUUCGAUGCAAUCCUUGAUUUUGCAGGAGUAGGUACGACUACUGCUGCUGCAGUGAAAGCUGUCAAAGCUGGAGGUCAGGUGGUGCUGGUAGGCAUGGGUGCACCCAUAAUGGAACUUUCUACAUUGGCAAUCGUUACUCGAAGGAUCCAGCUUCGUGGGUCGCUGGGUGCCAGUAUUCCUGAAUUCAGCCAAGUUCUAGCGCUGAUCUCCAAAGGAGAUAUCGUACCUGUGCUGCAGGAAAUUCCUUUCGAAGAUGUCGUGGAAGGAUUGAAGCGAGUGGAGAGGAGUGAGGUCAAUGGAAGGCUGUUCACCAGACCAAACAAAUGA